AUGCACCUUCUCCUCCGCAGGUCCACCACAGCUUCGUUCAUGGAGGCCGUGGUGUACCGAGACGGCGACAGGAGGAAAGCUUCCCUGGCAGCAGUGGCGAUAGCUGCACCGCCUACAUGCAGGUGCAGCUACCCUCGGCGCGACUCUUCAAUGUUGCGUCACGCGGGCUGCCAAGCGGCGCCCAACCGAAGUGGUGUUUUGAGCGCAUGCCUUCGCUGCUGCCACAUCCUUUGA